GCCGCAUACCCGUUUAGUUUCGUAGCAGAGCUAGCCCAAGGACCUACACACUACACCAUGGACUUUUACUAUCUUCCUCUGUCUGCGCCCUGCCAAUCGGUGCUGCUAGUCGCCAAGGCACUCGGUGUGAAGUUGAACCUGAAAGAACUGAAUCUUUUCGCCGGGGAGCACCUAAAGCCGGAAUUUUUAAAGAUCAAUCCGCAACACACCAUCCCGACGCUAGUGGACAAUGAUGUGGCCCUGUGGGAAUCCAGGGUGAUCAUCACGUACCUGUGCGAAAAGUAUGGCAAAAACGACGGUCUCUACCCACGGGAUCCGAAGAAGAGGGCCAUGGUGAACCAGCGGCUGUACUUUGACGUGGGCACACUGUACCUACGGUUUUCGCAGGCCUUCUACCCGGUUAUGAUGCAGGGCCAGCAGCUCAAUCCGGAACUGGUGGCCAAGCUGGACGAGGCGCUCGAGUUUCUCGAGGUGUUCCUCGACAAGACGAGCUUCGUGGCGGGCGAUAAGCUGACCGUGGCGGACUUGUGCAUCCUGGCAAGCAUCACUACGAUCGACGUCUCGGUCGGACACGACCUCAGCAAGUACGAGCAGAUUCAGCGCUGGUACGCCCAGAUGAAGGAGUCGGUCGCUGGCUACCAAGAAAUCUGCCACGACGGGGCCGUCAAGUUCCGCGAGCACUUCAACUACACUCCCCAGUGAGCGUGAUGGGAAUGCGGAAAUAAUAAAAGCCAACCAUAGUUCGGAAUUGGUACGGAACACUGCCAGUUGCAUGUACAACGUGA